AUGUCCAUCUCUCCUGGCUCAACGUGGAAGAGAGAUUUGACUUCAUCACUACGUGUUUUUGUAAGAAGUGUUGACAUGCUGAAUGUACUGAGUUGUCUGUCUAAACUACUGGCACACAGCUCAGACACCCAUCCAUACCCUACAAGACAUGCCACCAGAGGUCUGUUUAAACUACUGGCACACAGCUCAGACACCCAUACAUACCCCACAAGACAUGCCACCAGAGGUCUGUUUAAACUACUGGCACACAGCUCAGACACCCAUCCAUACCCCACAAGACAUGCCACCAGAGGUCUGUUUAAACUACUAACACACAGCUCAGACACCCAUCCAUACCCCAUAAGACAUGCCACCAGAGGUCUGUUUAAACUAGCAGCACACAGCUCAGACACCCAUCCAUACCCCACAAGACAUGCCACCAGAGGUCUGUUUAAACUACUAACACACAGCUCAGACACCCAUGCAUACCCCACAAGACAUGCCACCAGAGGUCUGUCUAAACUACUGGCACACAGCUCAGACACCCAUCCAUACCCUACAAGACAUGCCACCAGAGGUCUGUCUAAACUACUAACACACAGCUCAGACACCCAUGCAUACCCCACAAGACAUGUCACCAGAGGUCUGUCUAAACUACUAACACACAGCUCAGACACCCAUGCAUACCCCACAAGACAUGCCACCAGAGGUCUGUCUAAACUACUAGCACACAGCUCAGACACCCAUACAUACCCCACAAGACAUGUCACCAGAGGUCUGUUUAAACUACUAACACACAGCUCAGACACCCAUACAUACCCCACAAGACAUGCCACCAGAGGUCUCUUCACAGUCCCCAAGUCCAGAACAGACUAUGGGAGGUGCACAGUACUACAUAGAGCCAUGACUACAUGGGACUCUAUUCCACAGUACUACAUAGAGCCAUGACUACAUGGAACUCUAUUCCACAUCAGGUAACUGAUGCAAGCAGUAGAAUCAGAUUUAUAAAACAAAUAAAAAUACACCUAAUGGAACAGCGGGUACUGUGAAGAGACACACACAAAGGUACAGACACAUGAUAACAUUCACACUACUAUACACACACGUACACAUGGAUUUAGUACUGUAGAUAUGUGGUAGUAGUGGCCUGAGGGAAGACAAUGUGUUGUGAAUUCUGUAAUAAAUGUAUUGUAAUGUU